AUGAAUUUAAUCCUCCUGUGGGCUCUCUUGAACCUGCCUGUUGCUUUGACCUUUGAUCCAGACGACAAAAAUGCCAUCACUCCCCCCUACCUGAUCUACUUGAAGUCUGAUUACUUGCCUUGUGUUGGAGUCCUGAUCCACCCUCUUUGGGUGAUCACAGCUGCACACUGUAACUUACCGAAGCUUCAGUUAAUACUGGGGGUUACAAAACCAUCCAAUAUAAAUGAAGAAAAAUACAUACAAGUGGUUGGUUAUGAGAAGAUGAUUCAUCACCCACAAUUUUCCAUCACUUCUAUUGAACACAACCUCAUGUUAAUCAAGCUGCAAACCCAUAUUGAACUCAACGACCACGUGAACACAGUCAGCCUGCCCAUAAAACCUGCCACUGAAGACGACAUGUGCACCAUCUCUACCUGGGCCUACAACUUGUGUGAUCUCUACAAGGACCCUGACUCACUGCAGAAUGUGAAUAUCUCUGUAAUCUCCAAAGUUGAGUGCCGCAGAGCCUAUAAAAACAUCCGCAUCAGAGACAAUAUGUUAUGUGUGGGCAUCGUGCCAGGAAGGAGGCAGCCCUGCAAGGAAGUCACAGCUGCCCCAGCAGUGUGCAACGGGGUACUUCAAGGAAUCCUGACAUUUGCGGAUGGGUGUGUUUUGAGAGCCGAUGUGGGUGUCUAUACCAGGAUUUUUAACUACAUACCCUGGAUUGAAAAUACCAUCCGGAAUAACUGA